UCCAUCUCUCUUCAUAGAUACUUCUUCCUGUUCGUCUCUUUCGCGAGAGACUUCAGUGGAACACCUCUUCUAUGAGCCUCAUUCUAUAGUAACCCCCCAAUCAAUAGGUGAACAACAUAUGGAUGGCCCGCCCCCUGGCUUCCCCGGUCCAGACCAUGUCUCCCCACGGACCCUCACCACCCCCCGGACUACGCCAUCGGGGUCCAGUUCGCGCCGCCACGGUGGCUCACUUGGAACCAUCCCAGGCGCAACGUCGUAAUUCCAUUCUGUCGGAUACUGUUUCCGACGCCCGUCGUUCCCUACGCUCCUCGACCGACGACAUAUUAUUUCCCCGCGCCCCCGCACGCAGUGAGCGCGUCGCGACCCCGGACGAGUCGCCUUGGCAAUCCUUCCCCCUGGGCUUGGCCUUGUUACCAGCAGUCGCGGGCCUCUUCUUCAAGGAUGGGAGUGCGAUCGUCACCGACGUGACCCUGCUGGUGAUAGCUGCCAUCUUUUUGAACUGGUCCGUCAGGCUUCCAUGGGACUGGUAUCGCUCUGCACAGGCCACCCUUCAACAACGACAAGAUAAGUACUAUGACGUAGCAGAAGUCCCUCCGGAUGUCGACAGUCACGACACCACGGACAAAACCGGCGGCGACGAUGCCCAUUCUCGUAGUGUCGACAAGGACAAACAUCGCCGACAAUCGUCGGACGCGGCAGCAGCCCGCAAAGAGUUGAUGAGACACGAACUCGCCGCUUUGGUCAUGUGCUUUGUCUUUCCGAUUGUCGGCACCUUGCUUUUACACACGAUCCGCUCCCAACUCUCGCGCCCCUCCGAGGGCCUCGUCUCCAACUACAACCUGACCAUCUUCCUUCUGGCCUCGGAGAUCCGGCCGGCCUCCCACCUCUUGAAGAUGGUCCAAGCGCGCACGCUCCAUCUCCAGCGCAUUGUCCUCGACUCGGACGAGUUCGACGACCCGGACAGCGAGCGCAUCGAUGCGCACAAGGUCCUGGAUCUGACCAAACGGCUGGAAGAACUCGAGGCGCACGUCGCCGAAACUGUCGCGCAACGGUUGCGCUCCACCCCGGAAGGCGCUGACCACGCGGACACAGCCCCCAACAUGGAAAACUUGGUGGCGCAGGCCAGUGCCGAAGUCCGUAAAACCAUCCAGCCCGACAUCGACGCCCUGAACCGCGCCGUGCGACGCUAUGAGAAACGCACCGCCAUCUCGGGCUACCAAACGGACGGCCGGCUCCAAGCCGUUGAGCGACACGUCAACGACGCGGUGUCGCUCGCGGCUGCGGCGCACCGCCAGCCCCGAGGCUUCUUCCACAUUGUCUUUGACUCUCUGUGCGCCGCUGUCUUGGUCCCGGUGCAGUUCUUCCUGUCGUUGGCGUCUCUCCCCGCACGGCUCGUGCGGCGUGUGUCGGGACUCAUAUCGUUUCCAACCCGUCUAGGAAAGCGUCCCCUGGGGAACAAGGGAAAGAGGAAAGCCUCUCCGGCCCAGGGGUCCCAGGAAAACCCGUCUUCUCGAUCACCUUCAUCCUCGAGGCGCCCGAGGCGGGGUAGAUCAACCCAGGAGGGUGAUGCCGAAGGGAAGACACUGAAACCGAUACGGGAGAAUGAUUGAAGGUCUGAUUGAUUCAUUAGCUCAUGCAUUAUUAAUUUUAUAUCAAUGGUCUUCUGACCAGGGUGCUCUGGCUGGGUUGUUCUGGCGUGAUUAUGUACUUAUGCAUUUUCUACUCUUUACAGGGCUGUAGACUAAGGUACUUCUCUAUAUGCUGCGUAAGGUCUCGAGUCAUGGCGUUUGUUUUCAACAUAUCAACAUCUGACAAUAGAG